GCCAUGGGAUCCGAGGAUGUCCGCUAUUGCUCCAGGUUCCCCUACCUGUGCCUGAAAUUUACCCUCAUCGUGUACUGCACCAUCUUCUGGCUGAUCGGGGCUUUUGUCUUGGCCAUCGGCAUCUAUGCGGAGGUGGAGAGGCAGAAGUACAAGACCCUGCAAGGAGCCUUCCUCGCCCCGGCACUCAUCCUCAUCCUCCUCGGAGUGGUCAUGUUCGUCGUGUCUUUCAUCGGGGUUCUGGCCUCUCUGAGAGACAACCUGUGCCUGCUGCAGGUGUUCAUGUACACGCUGGGGGUCUGCCUUCUGCUGGAACUCACCGGGGGGAUCCUGGCGCUGGUCUUCAGAAAUCAGACCAUGGAGCUCCUGAACAGGAACAUCGGCAGAGGAAUCCGCAACUACUACGACGACCUCGACUUCAAGAACAUCAUGGACUUCGUGCAGAGAAAGUUUCAGUGCUGCGGGGGUCACGACUAUAAGGACUGGGAGAAGAAUCAGUACCACGAAUGCACGGCCCCCGGCCCUCUCGCCUGCGGGGUCCCCUACACCUGCUGUAUCAGCAACAAGACCGUGAUACUGAACACGCUGUGCGGAUAUCAGGCCAUGAAGCUGGAGCGUCUGGAGGCGCAGCGGUUUGUUUAUGUUCGCGGAUGCACGGACGCCGUCAUUAUCUGGUUCCUGGAUAAUUACACGAUAAUGGCCGGGGUGCUGCUGGGGAUCCUCCUGCCGCAGUUCCUCGGCGUCCUCCUCUGCUUGUUGUAUGUGACCCGCGUGGAGGACAUUAUCAGCGAGUGGAAGAGCACCGACGUCCUGCUGGAGGGACAGGAGUCCAGGCCGGAGCUGGAGUUCUCCUCCGUGGGCUGCUGCAGAUGUUACCCCGGCGAAGAAUCCACCGGCUGAGGGGGCAAAUAUCUACCCCCCGCUCCGAAGCUCUCCUCCAGCCUCUCCACUAACAACCACUAAGGCAUUAACCGUGAGAGUGUCUGCAAGGCAACCGCCUUUAAGAGACUGCAAAGGGUUAAGUGCGUCCCGAGGCCACAACUUCCACAGUGCCUGCGCGGUGCCAUUUGCCC